AAUAGUUGGAAUGCGUCAAUGGUUUGCCGGGCGCAUUCGGGCAACUUCAUGCGUAGCGGCCUGUAAAGUGCGCCAGCGCGCGGGGCAGGGCGGGCAACCGAAUAUUCCGUAUUCGUGUGGAUGUACACGCAUACGUCGUCGACGAGUCGCAAUCGAGCGUAGCCGAGCCUGCGAUCUGCGAUAGCCAGUGUACGUUAAAAUUAACGAUAAGACCGUGCGCCUCUGCUUCGCGGAAGCUGUGGAAGGAUCGCGUAUCGUUCGUCUCGCGCACGAUAAUCGAAUUCGAGCCUCGAGGGGGGUGCGUCAGCGAUACGGGAUCGCGCGGCGUUCGGGUUGACGUCCGCGGCUGCUCCUGGCACGUUCCCUUGUAAACAUGGUGUUUGGACCCGUCGAUCGCGAGAUAAUUGUUUUUUUCCGCAAGAUCGACGGUUAGGCCCCGCGCGGGCGCGGAUUUUGCGGGUAACGCGCGCGAGGUCACGCAGCCGCCUGUCCUUCCCCGAGAAGACCGGCGUGUAUCAUGUGAUUCUCGCUGGAAUACAACAAGUAUGGAUGCAUCUCUGUUGCACGGAAACUAUACGAUUUAGUGACAAAAGUUUGGGACAUCUUGGUAUUUUAUCAUGGAACAAUCGGCAUCUCCACAAGUUGCAGUAGCAGUGGAAGGGAUCCAGACGAGUGUUGAGGCGCAAGCAACUCCAAUUGAACGAGAUGUAAAGGCCAAUGUUACAGGAAGUAGCCAAGAUUUGCCAAAGCCAUGCGAGUUACCAGAGUCAGAGUCUGUAUUAUCGGUAGACAAUACUGAUAUCCAUGUAGAAGUUAAGUCAGAAGAUUACGAGGCGACAAGUCACGGUGAGGUAUCCACUAAGGAAAUUUACGACAGUUCAAAUAACCAAUUGGAAUUGGAGUCGAGGGAAUCAGAGAUUUAUAAAUCAGAAGAACAGGAAGGAAUCGAGAACUAUGAGACGGCAGAUAAGGUAAAUUCGAAUUAUAGGUCACAGGACUUGCCCAACGAGGAAGACCAAAGCCUAAAUGUGAUAGCUAAAUCUGAAACGAUAAAAGGAGACAAGGAGGAAACAGUGGGUAGUCUAGAAAAUGAUUGUAAUAUAAUAGGGAACGUGAAACAAUCCGAUAGCGUAGAUAAGCAGAGUGUAAAACUAGAUGAGUCUAGACUUAACGAACAUGAGGGCCAUACUCAUGACUCAUACGAGUUGGUUGAAGAAACAAUCAAGGAAAUACAUAAUGAUGAUAGUAAUCAGAAUAACUCGAUAGUAUCUAAUGCCGAACUGACCAAGUUAGUACAAGAACCAAAAGAGGCAGAGGUAGUCUUGUUGGUAAAGACUGUACCAGACGCGACUGACGCAGCAGCGGACAAUUUUAUUGUUAGUCUACAAGAGGACACUAAUAAAGAGUGCAAUCAGAAAAAUAUUAUCUUGCGGGAGAAAGAAAUUGUGGAAACUGAACAUGGGAACAAUCAGAUUGAUCUAAUUGACUACCAUCAAGAAAGUCACAGUACUAUAAUAGAAGUAACGGAAGUUAUAGACACUCCACUCGAACAAUAUAAACAAAAUAAUAUGGAUUAUGUAGAUGGUAAUAAGUGCGAUACCAAAUUCGUAAAACUAAUUGAUGGGAAGAUUAUGAUUGACGAGACUGUAAAUGAUGAAUGUACUGAAGCAAAAACUGCUAACAGUAAAACUUCGAGUAGUUCUGAGAAAGAAGAUAAAGAUAUCACUAUUAUCAUAGAUGAGAAAAUCAUAAUUACCGAGGUUGAGUCAGAAAUGACAACAAAUCCACCAGAAAUCGAAAAUACUUAUAAUACCAUUGAGAGAACUGAGCAUGAACAAGAUGAUCCGCCUGCUCACAGGCCUGCAGUGGAUUCGUUGACAAAGAAAAGGAGCGUUAUUCAAGAUAUAUUUGACGAUUGGGGUGUCGAGAAUACGGACGAAGAUGUGCAAUCAACUUCAAAGGUGCAUGACUCUGUCGAGAUUGAAUUGAAAAGCCUGAUGGAUGAAACUAAGACAGAUCAGACUGUUUCGAAUGAAUCGGUCGUAACUCCUCAAGAAAAAGUCUCUUCCGCGAAUGAAGAAUACGAUGAGACACAUAACAUUGUAAAUACAAUCGAGAAACAUACAACGAAGCAGUCGAGUGAACGAUUGGAAAGUCAAAAGAAAAACGUACCGAUUAAUAAGGAUACAAUGUCAUUGAAUAAAAACGAAAAGAACUCUGUAUCAAUUGCAAGUAGGUCUUCACGAAGUAUGGAUACGCGUGCGGUUAACGCGUCGUCGCACGACAUUGCAGUUUCUAAAAGCCGUUCUCGGCAUUUAACCAGUCAGAUAGCGUCGCCAGCGGAAGUGACGGAGGUGUUGAAGGAACGUUUUCGCGAAAAGCAGAAGAACGUAGAUGCUCCACGUGGACCAGACAUAUUCUUUGUGAAAAAAUUAACGCAAAGACUGUCUAGCAAAUUGGCAGGUGGCACAGGAAAUUCGAUACCGAAACUUAUACCACUGCCACAACAAACCGCCUCUUCAAAUUUAUCUCCCUCUUCUGAAACCGUACCAGAUACCUGUGAUAAAAAAGCAGCGGCGGUGGUAAACAUGACAGCAGAAGCGGGGAAGGACAGUAAUUCUGACAACAAGGAAUUAUUAGCUAUUUUAGAAGGUGAUGCUGAUCCUGAUUGGUCCAUUUUAAAGCCACCAGUUCUCACGGAAGAAAACAAAACAUCGUCAAACACGGAACAAUCGGCACAAAACAAUCCACCAAAACUUGACCCGUUAGUUGAACGAGAAUUAGCACUAAAGCAGCUUCUUGAAUUGCCUAUAACACCAUCAAAGAAGAUUCCAUCGCGGAAAAAGAAAACAUUCCGCGCAGCACCCAGUAAAGCAUCAAAAGACGUAACUACUACUGUCGCGAAAAAUUCGCUUUCUACACAGCAAGAAGAAGAUAAUGUAGAUUUGGCGAGUGAAAACGCACAACCAAAUGCAAAAUCUGUCGAAUCUGUCGAAUCUGAUUUAUAUUCCUCACCUCGUGAAAAGAGCGGUCAAAAGAAUCAGGAGCCGAUAAAGACACGAAUAGAAGAAUCGAGAUCAGGCAGAAAGCGCAAGCCCACUGAAAAAGCGAGGGAGCAUGAACAAAAUACGAUAAUAAAACGGCAAAAGGUAUAUAGAGGUAAAGUUUCGGUAAAGAAACAAACGGAAGAAAACCCAGUUUCUGGUGGUAGCUCGACGAUUGGGAAUCACAUUGCGGCGAGUAACACGACGGCCGUUCAUACUGUAAAUAAUGAAAAAACCGUUGUGAAAGAAGUAACGGGUAAACAAUCCGAUAAGAUAGAUCUAAUUUCGAAUAAAAGCGAAAAUUCUUCCCUGAAACAGAAACCUAAUCUUGCUAAAAAAGGACCGAUCGCCAAAAGAAAAAUGGCAGUUAAGAGAUUGUUGCGUCAAAAAAUGUCAACUGAUAAGAAAUCAGCUCAGCUGCAAACCAAGUUGACUUCGUCGUCGAAGAAGGCUCCUCCGAAAACUGUCUCAAAAUCGCUAAAACGGACAGCGGAAGGUUCAGCCAGUGACGUGAAACCCAAAAAGAAGAUUAUAAAUGAGAUAGAUAGAUUAUUACAGGAUGAAGGUGUCGUCAAUUUACUAUAUGAUGUAGAACAGCCAGAUAGAAAACGCCUAGUUCCUAUCACGAAGUCACGAGCGAAGGUGAUGGACCUGCAGAAAGUGCAACGUGAACUUAAAAUCAGAAAGAAAUUGGUUCGCAAUGCCGUACUGCGAUUGCGUACGUCAAACGUCACAGGUGUCGCAAAGGUGUCACCGAGAUCAAAGAGAACAGCAAUCCAUCCGACUGACGCUCAAAUAGACAAAAAGAUAGUAGAGCAAGUUACGUCGUCGAAAACUCCGAACGCUGUUACCUCGUCCACGGAAUUUAUUCUUCCGGCAAAGAUUCGAAAUGCAGCCGACGCGUCCAUCAUCGUUAGGAGACACUCGUCUAGUUCAUUUUCGAGUGCGUCUGGAAGUCCCAGAGUUAGCGUUGAUUCAUUCGAAAAAUCUGUAGAGCCUUCCAAGUCGGAAGACGGAACAGUCCAUUCCUUGAGAUCUGCCAAAAAGAGACGAGAUUCACAAGAUGAGAAAAUGAAUAAUGCAAAAAAGAAGAAGAAAACAGUACAAAAGUCUGAUAUUGAUGUUACUGCUACUAGUAUCACCGCUAUCACAACUACCACAGCUAGCAUUACCGCCGCUAAUAAUGCGGAAGAAAAAGUUACUGUUGCGCGUCCCAGUAAAAAAUCGGAAAUCAAGAAAGUCGAAAACAUUCCCACAGUUGAAGACAAUGUUUCGAGUAAAGUCACAACUAGAUCAUCAAAUGGUGCAGUCACAGGAAAAGUAACAGCGAAGAGCAAAAAGUCUGUGAAAAGCAAAGUAACUUUUGCGAGAGCAAAUGAUCUCGAUAAUGCUGAGGAUUCUUUGAAAGAAGAGGAUGAAUUAUCUGCUUGUCUUGCCGAAGCAGUUACCGCUCUUUCAGUCGGUAAUGCUAGAAAUGUUGCGACCACACGAAAGAGCAAAGGUAAAGUAAAUACAAGUGCUAUAAAAACGUUGGAUUUAGAUAGCAAUAAAACGAAAAUGGAAAUACAAAGUCAAUUUAGCAAUAAGGAAAUAAACGUACGUCGACAUGGUAAUCUUGUGCAAUUAAUACUUACGCCAUCCUCUUCGACAAAAAUCAGAAAUGCUCUCACAUUACAAGUAAUGCAAGAAUUUAGAGAGGCUUUGUCAAUACUAAAAAGAGAUGACGAAUGUAGAGUAGUACUGUUGACAUCUACGGGCACAAGUUUUUGUGAGGGUCUUGAUCUUUCAACAUUAUUACAUGCAAAUAAAGAGGAACGACGAUCUAUCGCUCAGGAGUUGGCACAUGCUGUCAAGGAUUUUAUAAAAAGCCUGGCUACUUUCAAUAAACCUAUAGUUGCUGGUGUACAGGGUGCUGCAGUUGGACUCGGAGUGACGAUGUUGCCUCUUUUUGACCUUGUAAUUGCUAGUGAUAAGGCAACAUUUUGUACACCUUAUGGGAAAUUAGGACAAAUUGCCGAAGGUGCUGCUGUCUUCACCCUGUCACAUAUACUAGGCAGUGCAAUUACAAGCGAACUUCUUUUGGGUGGAAGGACUCUAACGGCAAGUGAAGCAUUAAGAGCCGGUCUCGUUACUCGAGUUUUAUGGCCUGAUCGGUUUCAAGUAGAAUUAUUACCAUCGUUGCGGGCUAUGAGUGAUCAGUCAUCUCAAUCCAUGGAAGCAACAAAGGCUUUGUUACGUCAUAGUCUGCGGAAAAAAUUAGAUGCUGCACUUGAAUCAGAAACAUAUUUGUUGAUUCAGCAUUGGUGCUCCGCGGAAUGCCAGACUGCUAUAAAAGCUUACAUUGAUGGAAAAAUACAAUAAACAAACGUGCAUAUACUACUAUUUAGUUGUGGCAAUCUGUAUUAAAAAUCGGAAGUGGUGAUUUGUGAAUAUUGAUGCAGAGACGACAACACAAAUUGUAUGGCAUAUAAAGUCUAAUAAUGUCAAACAAGUUUUGAUGUGACAUUCUAUGCACAUCAUGCAUGUUAUAAGAUAUAAUUUAGAUAUAAGACAAAUAUUAAGAAUUACUCAAAAAGAUGGACUAUUUUACUAUUAGAGUAUAUCAUUUAGGUAUAAAUUUAUUAUACAUAAAUAUAUAUGUAUAUAUGUGUGUAUAGAUAUAUAUACAGAUGCACAUAUAUAUAUGUAUAUAUACAUAUAUCCUACAUUAUGUUAUUAUUGUUAGAUUAAAAUAAAGAUACAUCCAUUGUAAGACUCUAAUUAUAUUUCUGAUACAUUAAAUUGUUUGCCAAAUUCA